ACAGAUAGUGCAAACAAACUUGUUUACGGGCACAGAAACUUGUGGCUUGUUAUUUCCCAAGAACCGUAGCCCCCAUCAUUCUAAGUAUUGUCUGUCCUUGGGCAAGUGGGGCUUACAGGUUAACUUUGGCUCUUAUGUAUCUUGUACCGGCAUCGACUGGUCUAUCUAAACUCCAUGUCUACAGAUGGUUUCUGUCACUUGGUAAAGAGCUUACUGAUCUGAUGUACUAGCCAGUGUUUGAAUGACCUUCUUUUGGAGACGUGCUAGAGAGUGAGAAGGCAAAAAUGAGGGUAGCAGGAGCUGCAAAGUUGGUAGUGGCCGUGGCAGUAUUCUUACUGACCUUCUAUGUUAUUUCUCAAGUAUUUGAAAUUAAAAUGGAUGCAAGUUUAGGAAAUCUAUUUGCUCGAUCCGCGCUGGACUCAGCCAUUCGUUCUACGAAACCUCCGAGGUACAAGUGUGGGAUCUCAAAGGCGUGCCCAGAGAAGCAUUUUGCUUUUAAGAUGGCUAGUGGAGCAGCCAAUGUCGUGGGACCCAAGAUCUGCCUGGAGGACAAUGUUUUGAUGAGUGGUGUGAAGAAUAAUGUCGGAAGAGGAAUCAAUAUUGCCUUGGUAAAUGGGAAAACAGGGGAAGUAAUAGACACCAAAUUUUUUGACAUGUGGGGAGGAGAUGUGGCACCAUUCAUUGAGUUUUUGAAGACCAUACAAGACGGAACAGUAGUGCUAAUGGCUACAUACGAUGAUGGAGCAACCAAACUCACGGAUGAGGCACGGCGGCUCAUUGCUGAACUGGGCAGCACUUCGAUCACCAGUCUUGGUUUCCGAGAUAACUGGGUCUUCUGUGGUGGGAAGGGCAUUAAGACAAAGAGUCCCUUUGAACAGCACAUAAAGAACAAUAAGGAAACGAACAAGUACGAGGGAUGGCCUGAGGUGGUGGAGAUGGAAGGAUGUAUCCCCCAGAAGCAAGACUGACGGGAAGGAGCGAGAGGCGAGGAGGAACGCACUUUGACUCUGCAGGAGAGUGGUCAGGCAGCCGCUCUGUGUACAUAUUUCAGUAGCAUGUGGCCGUCCAGGGUGUGCAUGAGCAAGACCGUCUCUGUCGAUUCCAGGAUUAUUUAUUGCUAACAGAAAUGGCUACCUUUUUGUAAAUAGUCUUCAUUGAGCCAAUCACUGAACUAUUUGUAAGCACAUUUCCCUGAAAGUACAACGUGUAGACGACAAUGGCAAUAAUGUAUUUUAAUUCUAAAAGCAUAUUCAGGGGGUAACCACGCAGGUUGUACAGGACGCCGAUAUUUAUCCUGGUUGCUGGGAAACCCUAUCAUGGAAUAAUGUGGCUUUUAGGGAGGAGAUUUUGUUCGUAUACGUGUCUCUGUAUAAAAAUCUGGCAUGUUAUGGCAGUACCCUUCAAAUGAAAGAGAUUUUUGGCUAGUUGUCUGUGUACUGUCACCUUACAGUCCAACUCCUGUUGUAUCUUUUCACAGUCUUUAUUUUUGACCUUCCAAAGAAAUCCAGAAAUAAAAUGUUUCACACAAAAAUUUACAUCAGAUUUGUGAAAAGCACAACAGUUUUUUUGUUGUUGUUAUUUUUUUUAAUAACAGUGAAGAGGAAUAUUAAUGUAGGUGUCAUUCAGAGCUCAUUUUCUCAAUUCUGUGUUAGCGGUGUGAAUUCUGUGAUGCUGUGUAAGCUGUGUAGAGUGAGCCUAGGGGUAGGAUUCCACAGAACUGGGGGCCCAGGCCGAGUCCCUUCCUCGACCUAAUCAGGUCAUUCAAGACAACUGGGUCAGUACAUUUAGGGUAAUACAGGCAUUUUUCUGCUUUCAUCGACCACAUGAUUUUAGGACAGGAAUACUUGACUCUCAUAGCCUUGAUUUGUAAACCAAGAAAUUCUGUUAUUUAUUUCUAACUUUGUGAUAGCAGCUGUUGCCUAAACGUGUAGCAGAAGCCUUGAAAAGUCCCGAUUAUUGUUUUUUUUAGGGCAUUUGAUGUCUAUUAUAUAGGUGACAUACAUCCACUUCAAAUGCAACAUAAACAAGUGAAAUGUUCAUGCUGCCCUUUGUGGGAUGAGGCCACACGUAAAAUCUGAACCUAAAAUUUAGGUGGUUUGUAUAAAAAUCUAAGAGCAGUAUUUGCUAUUUUGUUAAAAGCUAGAAGCAGCCCAGGUGUCCCCUUCUUGACUGUUACUGACCUGCGCUACUGUUUCUCUCCUCAAAUUGAAUGUAGUUCAUGAGGAGAUAAAUAAUCGUCUGUGCUCAGAGAGGUUUUGUAGACUUUAAAUGUAGAGUUCUGCUGCUCCUGUACUAAUACAUCCAGCAUGGAUGGUUUAGCUUUUCUUUGUUUGUUUGUUUUUUGUUUGAUUUUUUUUUUUUUUUUUUACAGUUCUAGGGAUGGGAAAAUAAACAUUGCAGGGUUAUUUUGUUUUUUAAUACUGAAUAUAAGUACUCUUGGUUUGACAUUGUGAAUUUUUUAUUUUUCAUUUUUGUAUUUGACAAAGCACUAUACCUGCAGAACAUCCCCUGAAAUCCUUCCUUUUUUUUUUUUUUUUUUUUUUUUGGAUACAUCUUAACAUAUAAAAAUUAAGUUUUUGCCAUUCAACAUAGUAGUAUCAUAUGGCCUGGAUAUAUUUGAAUGUGUAUGAAGUAAAGUUGCUUGAGAACAGGCUAACCCUUUGAGAGAUGGGCUUUCCAUUUGCAUAAGCUGCUGGGAGGGAGAAGACUGGUUCUGUAACUGCUGUGGCCCAGUGGGGUCUUUUGGCCUGGAUUCUGUCUUGUACUGGUUACACCGGCUCAACUCGGGAAGCAAUAAUCGACUGUUUUAUGUUCACAUCAGCCUUAGAAGUGGAACAGUGCUCACUUACUGUUGACAACAAGUUUUCUUUAUUAAAAUCAAAAAUCUUUAACACUGA